AUGGCCUGCUGUUCUACCAGCUUCUGUGGAUUUCCCAUCUGUUCCACUGCUGGGACCUGUGGCUCCAGCCGCUGCCAAUCAACCUGCAGUCAGACCAGCUGCUGCCAGCCAACCUCCAUCCAGACCAGCUGCUGCCAGCCAACCUGCCUCCAGACCAGUAGCUGUGGGACCAGCUAUGGCAUUGGUGGCAGCGUUGGCUAUGGCCAGGUGGGCAGCAGUGGGGCUGUGAGCAGCCGCACCAGAUGGUGCCGCCCUGACUGCCGCGUGGAGGGCACCAGCCUGCCUCCCUGCUGUGUGGUGAGCUGCACAUCCCCAUCCUGCUGCCAGCUGCACUAUGCCCAGGCCUCCUGCUGCCGCCCAUCCUACUGUGGGCAGUCCUGCUGCCGCCCAGCCUGCUGCUGCCAGCCCACCUGCACUGAGCCCAUCUGCGAGCCCACCUGCUGCCAACCCAUCUGUUAA